AAGUCCUUUUCUUCCUUUCCGCCGCUGCUCUGCUCCCUUUCUGAAUUAGGUCGGCGGUCACCAUGGCAGCCCUUCGGCCCCUUACCAAACCUAAGAUCGUCAAAAAGCGAACAAAGAAGUUCAUACGUCAUCAGUCUGACAGAUAUGUCAAGAUUGCGAAAAACUGGCGCAAGCCCAGAGGUAUCGACAACAGGGUCCGCAGGCGGUUCAAGGGUCAGAUGCUGAUGCCCAACAUUGGUUAUGGUAGCAACAAAAAGACAAAGUACAUGCUACCCACUGGCUUCAAGAAGUUCCUGGUGCACAACAUAAAGGAGCUCGAAGUGCUGAUGAUGAGCAACAAGACCCAUUGUGCUGAGAUUGCCCACAAUGUCUCCUCCAAGAACAGGAAGCUGAUCGUGGAGAGGGCAGCUCAGCUGGCCAUCAAGAUCACCAAUCCCAAUGCCAGGCUGCGCAGUGAAGAGAACGAGUGAUCUGGCCAUUAUUUUUAAAAUUAAAAAAAAAAUAAAAACAGA